AUGACAACUAAAGAUCCUAUUCCCAAAUCCACAAUAUUUUCUCAUGUUCUAUCAACAAUUCAAUAUGAUCAUUUUCUAGCUGGUGUUAGUGGUGGUGUGAUAUCUUCUUUUCUUUUACAUCCAUUUGAUUUAGUUAAAGUUCGUUUUCAAGUGACUGAAAGUAAAAAUCCUCUACAAUCUUUACCCUAUCGUCCGCGUUAUAAUGGUUUAGUUGAUGCGUUUCGGGUUAUAUAUAAAGAAAAUGGUAUUCGUCAUGGACUUUAUCAAGGUGUAACACCAAAUGUAAUUGGUGCCGGUUUAUCAUGGGGCCUCUAUUUAUUUGCUUAUAAUACUAUUAUUGUUUUGACAACUGAUAGUCGACAAAAAAAACCAUUGACAUUUAAAGAUCGUAUUGUUUAUUCAACAAUAGCCGGACUCUCUACGGUUGUAAUCACAAAUCCUAUAUGGCUACUGAAAACACGUCUUUGUUUACAGUACAGUAAUCCAUCAACAGUUCACUAUCGAGGCAUGAUUGAUGCCAUAAAAAAAAUUUAUCGUUAUGAAGGUAUUCAAGCAUUUUAUAAAGGUUUAGUACCAGGAUUAUUUGGCACCAUACACGGUACAGUACAAUUUGUUUCUUAUGAACAAAUGAAAUCAUUAUACUGUUCGAUGAUGAAUACUUCGCAAUUAUCAACACCGAUUAUAUUAACAUUUUCAGCAUUAUCUAAAUUAUUAGCAGCAACAACGACCUAUCCUUAUCAAGUUGUUCGAACAAGAUUGCAAGAUCAACAUCAACGGUACAAUGGAGUAUUAGACGUUAUUAUAAUCACAUACAGACGGGAAGGGAUACAAGGAUUUUACAAAGGCUUACUACCCACAUUAUAUCGUGUUGUACCAGCUUGUUGUAUUGUCUUUUUUACCUAUGAAAAUGUGAUAAAACUCUUUAAACAAUAG